ACAACUAAAGCAAAGUCACUUCAACCUUGCUCUAGCUACUCUGCUGUCUACGGACUCUUUGGCGUUCCCCUCCAACGUGCAUAUUGCUUGGCCUAGCAUCUUUCACGACAUCAUCAGCAACGGGUAUGGCUUAUCAAUGCGAACCUCAAUGGUGCUUCGAGACCCUCGGCCCCAGCACCCAUACGCAUCCAUCACCCGAGCUCGUACCUCAUACCGAGCUCAAGAGCCUCCAACAGCUGUUCGCCGAUAUCGCGCUCGACCUGACCUUGAGGGGUCUUCCUGGCGCGGACAAAUGGAAAGUCACAGACAUGUAUUGUCCAGAGGUUCGCCGCUCUCCGUUCACGGAUAAACACUAUGUCAUUCAUCUUGAUGUUGUCUCGUGCUGGAAAGGCCUGUCCUUCUGCCAGGCUGCCGAGCUCGCCUUCUGGGACCGUCUCUUCCGUGAAGUCCUGGAAAGCCACGUUCUGGAGGUUCUGCGGAUCGUUUUGAUGCAGCACUUGCGGGAAACUUCUGCAUCAACCGAUCAACCACGGAUCAUGUCUUGCCUCGUCGAAUGCCUCUCCAGUAAGACCACUCGCCUGAUCGAUAUAGACAUAUGGAGACUUGUCCACAACAUGAUUACAUCAUUCUACGAACACCCGUCAGCUUGCGCUAGUUUCACAUGGUUCGUCUCCAGCGGUGACCUGCCGGCCAUGGUGUACAACUUUCUUCGAACGCGCGAUUGCUUCCUCGACGCUUUUCCUCGCCCAUGCCUGAGCACUACCCUCAGCUACGAGCAUUCAGAGACCGAGCUGCACAUUUUAGGCAAUGUUGAGUGGCAGCCACCUGACAUCGGUUUCCAUAAGCUACCUAUAAUGCUCUCCUCUGGAGCUGAGUACCGAAUCGAACCAACCCAUAACGAUGUCGAUCUCGGGAAUAUUUGCGGGCCGAGGUUCUCCAAAUUUCCAUGCCAGCCCGAAUUUGCGAUUCAAUCGGACAGCUUACCGCUGAAAUGGGAUCAUGAUCUACGCUGCUUCCGAGCGAUCGUGCCAGGCGAGGAUUUCGGGAGCCCAGUGAAGGAGAGUCGGUCGAGAAGCACACCCACCUUCAAAGUCCUUCAGGCUCACCUCCGCUCCCGUCUCUCGCAAGACUUUCUUCUCAAACUUUACACGAAAACCAAGAUAGUCGAGGAAGCGAAGACGACUUUCUCUGCCAAACUCAUCACGCGGUUCCCUAGUAAUGUAAGAUUUGAGCGUACCAGUCGCUACAUUAUCAAGCUUGAGAUUCUCGAGCCUCGCACAUCCGCGAGGGGCAAGGAAUGCCGCGGCGAUUCUCUUGCUUCCAACCCAGAAUCGCUAUAUGGUGUUGGAAGCAGUGCGCCGGAAAGCCACCGCGCUGACGAGGUGCCGCCAUAUGAAGAGCCUAUUCGUGCGACCCCAACCACUCGAGCUCGCUCCUGGCUACCUUCCUAUUCGAACGCGCCGGCUUCCGAGCGCGGAUGUAGGAUCGCGGAUGAUCAGGCAUCAAUGCCCUUGGACUCAUCACCGGAUACAUCUUCCGUUGACCGGGACAUCGAAGCAGCCAGGACACUACCGCAACAGCGGCCGCUACCGCCCGGCGUGAGCGGUUCGCCAGGGACUGCCAAGCAAGAGCAGGAUUCUAGAGCAGCAGCUGGCAAGGAAGACACUCAACUCCGACCAGAGCACGCAGUAUUCGCUUUUGAUGGUCUGUGUCUCUCGAGCGAAGAAUCAAAUAUGCUCAAAGAGUCCACCCAAGCUGCGGCCAGAGCCUCCGCUGCCAAGCGCACGAUCGAGCCAGACAUGAAAAGGGGUGUCGUCCCAUUCACAACGAGGCUCGCCGAGGUCGCUCGACAUGCAGUUCCUAAAAAGCGUAAAGCAAGCAAGCAAGUGCCGCUCAGCUCAAUGUUUGAAAGCUCUUCGGCUUUUCAGUCCGAGCGGCUUGCCCUGGAUAAGUUCGAACAUCUCGAUCUGGAAAUAGGGGCAAAGCGUCAAAGGAUCAAUGAUAGCAAAGAUUCGAGCAUCGCUCUCCACGCCAGCAGCUCCGCUGACGUUGACGCUGAGGUUGAGAUAGAUUGGGAUGAUGAGCAUAUGUCUAACCUGGCCAAGAUUACGACAAGGUGUCUGGGCAAAGCUGCUACGAUUUCUUCGCCGGCGGCAAAGUCUCCAGGCUGGUACAAGAGGUUGAGCGAAAGGAUGGAGACGUGCGAUGAGCCACCUCUCAGCCGUUCCAAGUCACGAGCAUACGAAGCCACAGAUUCCAACGUCAUGCCCUCCUUGCGAAAGAGAGGCAGCGUCAAACGAAUGGUCUUCCCACGGCAUAAGAAGUACGAUUCCGCCUCUCCGUAUCCAACGCCGGGAAACAGCGCCGACAGUGCCUCAGAUUCGGAUCGCUCGAUGAAUCAGUUCGAGAUCGUGAAUAACUACCUCGAAUUUCGCGACAAUAGAGAGAAGCGCGGCCAACUUGAUGGCGCUACGAGCGAGGACAGCGACGAACGCAAGGCGUAUGAGAGCAUCUUCAUGGAAGAUAGUCAGGAAGAGGGUUGGAGCACAGAGGCAUCCAAUAACGAGGUGAGCGAUAUGAGCGCAGAUUUUGAGAGGGUGUCGUUAGUAGCCUCUUAAGCGUGUAGGUGGAGAGCACGGGUGGAGCCGAAUAGGGCUGGAGUUAUUGAUAUUGGUGGCAUUCCGGCGGAGGCCUCCAGCGUCUUCUUCUGGC